AUGCCGCGCGUCCUCGCGCGCGCGUACGCGUCGUGCGGCGUCAAUCGCGGCUCGCGCGUCGCCGCGUUCGCGAACGACGCGCGCGAGGACGCGCUCGAGGUUGUGUUUUGUGGCGCCGACGCCGCCCAUCGCGUCGACGUGCGGUCGAUGACGACGACGACGACGACGCGCUCGAUCGACGGCGGCGCGGCGCGGUGCGUCGUCGCGCUCGUCGACGGUGGAUGCGCGAUCGGUGACGCCAAGGGAGGGGUGCGCGUGCUCGCGCGUGAUGGGACGGAAUUGGGAUUCGGGGCGCACGCUCGCGGGCCGACGCGGGACGCGGCGCGCGCGGACGUCGGUGGACGCGACGCGAUCGCGUCCUGCGCGGAUGACGGUGAUGUGAUCGUGUGGGUGCGUGAUGGGAACGGAGGGUUGUGCGCGCGUGGACGGGUGACGCUGGCGAGCGUGGCGUCGCCGACGUGCGUGGCCGUCGCGCGGGCGCCGGGGGCGGGCGACGGAAACGAGCGACACGUGCUCGCGGUUGGGUGCGUCGAUGGACGCGUUCGCGUGUACGCGUGUGAUUUUACGAGGAUUUUUGAACCCGACGGCGUCGCCGCGUUCGAGGCGUGCGGGACGCUGGACGGACACGCGGAUUGGGUUCGGGGCGCGGAGUUCGCCCCGACGCGGAGCGACGACGCGGUUUUUUUGGCGACGGCGAGCCAAGAUAAGACGGCUCGCGUGUGGCGCAUCCAGACGGUUCCCGUGGACGCGGACGCGGAGGAGGCGGGUAAGGACGCGCCGGCGUUCAUGCGGCUCGCGGCGCCGCCGAAACCGCCGAGCUCGCUUCUCGUCGGUCGACGCGUCAAGACGUCGUUGGAGAGCCUUCUCGUCGGACACGAAGACUGGGUCACGUCCGUGGCGUGGCAUCCCGAUCCCUCCAAAAUGGUCCUGAUGACGGCGAGCAUGGAUAGAUCGCUCAUGCUUUGGUCGCCCACGGGCGCGCCGUCGACCAGCGACGAAGCGGGACGCGAACUCUGGAUGGCGUCGUCCUCGCUCGGCGAAGCCGCGGCGGUGUGUUUGGGAUACUACGGCGCAUCGUUCUCACCGGACGGCGAUGUCGUUCUCGCGAACAGCCACGGUGGGGCUUUGCACCUGUGGCGUCGCGCCGAAGACGGUUCGUGGUGUCCGAUGGUUGGCACCUCUGGUCACGUCAUGGGGGUGACGUGCUUGCGCUGGGACGCCGCCGGUCGAUGGUUCAUGUCUGGUGGACACGAUCAGACGACUCGAGUGCACGCGCCGUGGUCGGGCGAAGGGCCCAAGGGAUGGCGCCAGAUCGCUCGUCCGCAGGUACACGGUCACGACAUCACGUGCUUCGCCACUAUGCACGACGGAGACGCGGGGACGACAACGUACGUCAGCGGCGCGGACGAGAAAGUUCUGCGCGUAUUCGAGGCCCCGGGGACGUUUUUGGGCACGCUCGCGAAUAGCUUGGGAGACACCGAUCCGGCGGGCGCCGCCGCGCUCGCAAAGGCGAGAGGGCUCUCGAUGGAGUCGCUCGGCGCCGAGCUCCCGGCGCUCGGAUUGUCGAACAAGGCGCUUCGAGGCGGCGAACAGGAGGAUUUACCGAGCGACAUCGCGGCGCUUCGCGCGCAGGCGCAGCAACAAGAGGGAUUAAUAGAGGAGUACAACGCGCGCGGCGUCGAAGCGAUCACGCCGCAGGCGCUCGCGACGCCGCCGUUGGAGGAGGUGCUCGCGCAGGCGACGCUCUGGCCAGAGGCGAGGAAGCUGUACGGCCACGGGAACGAAAUUCGAGCCAUCGCGGCGCAUCCCGGGGGUGAUUUGAUCGCCUCUGCGUCGACCGCGCUCACGUCUUCGUCGGCUGCGGUGUGGGUGUGGUCUCGAAGUCAAAACUGGAAACCGCUCGGUUCGCUCAGCGGAGCGACGCUCACCAUCACCGCGUUGGAAUUUUCACCCGCCGCCGCCGAGCGAGACUACCUGCUCGCCGCCAGUCGAGACCGCCACGUGUGCGUGUUCGCGCCUCAAUCGAACGAUGCCCCACGGGGAACGUUCGGCGAGGACGGAUGGCGUUUGCUCACUCGAUUCAAGGCGCACGAUCGCGAGAUUUUCGCCGCGUCCUGGGCUCCGAGCGGGUCGUCGUUCGCCACCGCGGGCCGGGACAAAAAAGUCAAGCUCUGGCGCGUCAUCGAGCAGACCUGCGAACUCGAGUGCGAGCUCCCCAAAUUUCCAUCGGCGCCAACGUCUUUGGCCUGCUCCACCGACGCCUCGGCGCCGUGCACGCUCGCGAUUGGAUUCGACGACGGUUCGGUGGAGACGCGCGCGCAAUCGAGCGCCGACCCGAGCACGUGGACGCACCGCGCCUCCGCGUCCACGGACGACCGUCACGGCGCCGCCGUCCGCGCCAUCGCAUGGCGCCCGAAUUCAUCCACCUUCUUCGCCACCGCCUCGGACGACCACGCCGUGCAUUGUUAUUCCCUCGCGUAG